ACAAAAACAAGAAGAUGAGAUGCAGUGUUUGCCUCUGAUUAAUAUGCUUGAGGAGCCCAAGAAGCCAAAUAUCAAAGAAGAGGUUAAGGAAGAGGUUAACCAAGAGAAGGUGACUGUUUCCCUAAAAUUAGGGUUACCAGGGGAUUCAGAAAGUUUUGAUGGUGAGAAAACGGUUGAUAAUAUUGCAUGUUACAAAGAGGAAGAGGAGGUUGAAGAGGAGGUUGAAGAGAUUAAUGAAGAGGUUAAGUAUUGGAUACCGACACCGACACAGAUCCUUAUAGGGCCUGUUCAGUUUGCUUGCCAUGUCUGCAAUAAAACCUUCAAUAGGUAUAAUAAUAUGCAGAUGCACAUGUGGGGUCACGGCUCAGAGUAUCGCAAAGGCCCAGACUCUCUCAAGGGCACACAACCCAUGGCAAUCCUCAAGCUCCCAUGCUACUGCUGCGCCCUCGGCUGCAAGAACAACAUCGGCCAUCCCCGAGCGAAACCCUUGAAGGACUUCCGAACCCUGCAGACCCACUACAAGCGCAAGCACGGCGUCAAGCCCUUCAAGUGCAGGAAAUGCAGCAAGCCCUUCGCCGUCCGAGGAGAUUGGAGGACUCACGAGAAGAACUGCGGGAAACUUUGGUUUUGCUCAUGUGGGUCUGAGUUCAAGCAUAAGAGGUCUCUUAAUGAUCAUGUUAGGUCUUUUGGGAAAGAUCACUCUCCUUGUUUAAUGCAUUGAAGUUUACGGGUAUGUGUACUAGCUAAACAUUGGACUUGCGCUCAGUAACAAAAAGCUCUUGAUCGUCGUGGAGUAGUUUGUUGUGAGCACAAGCUCUAAAUUUAUGUAUGUUCAAAUAAGGGAGGGUAUGGAAAAGACCUUGGG